GCUUCCCCUUUAAUUUGCCCACGCUGUAUAUCAGUAAGGAGUGGUGGAGAGCAGCUGCACAGCUCACUGUAGUCCCUUUGUAUGCGCAGCAGAGCUUAACUGCAGCCUAUACCGCUCGCGCUAACACAGUAAUUAUGAGUAAAAGACGAAAAGUUGGACUUUGACAUGAAAUGGCUAGCUCACGGCGCGCCACUCCCUAACAUGAACGAGGAGGGCACAAGUAAGCGCACGAGGAAUCUCUGUGCAUAUUUCGAUGGAUAUUUUGCAUCUUGAAGACAACUCGGGAAGAUCUCUGAACUGAGUCGAGACAACACUGUGAGGACACAGGGGGCGUCAGAUUUUGCUGACCAUAGCAUCUUUGGACCGUUUCAAUGGGAAACUCUUUGCAAAUAACGUCUUAAGGGAGACCCUUCGCUUUGCCUCUGUUCGUUUCUUUGAGACCAGCUGCUGUAUGUUUCCCGUUUGUCCUAAAGGCGCACACGGGCGGAUACAUUGGAGUCCGGCGCAGAUCUGGCGCAGCGGGCGGGAGGAACACCAGGAUCAUUGCAGUACCUAUAAUGAAUGGCUGCUGAAAGACACCACUGACCCUGGCAACGAGACAUUACAUUAGUGCUGCUGGUGUCAUGUGAACACAAUCAUUUAGCAAAUGAUUUCUCGGGCGCUUUGGUGCUUGCAGUGUUUCCUGGGUUCUAAUGCAAGAGGGAGUUGUUAACCAGUGAAAGGAAGCCCCAAAAAUACAGACUUUUAGAGGCAACAUAGUCGCAUCCUGACCACAAACUGCAGGUUGCAUUCAUUCACAGCAUGACUGUUGCCACAGGCGACCCAGCUGAUGAAGCCGCAGCUCACCCGGGUCAGCCACAGGACACGUAUGACCCGGAACCAGACCAUGAGUGCUGCGAAAGGGUGGUCAUUAACAUCUCUGGCCUGCGCUUUGAGACGCAGCUCAAAACGCUGUCCCAGUUCCCCGAGACAUUGCUCGGGGACCCCAAAAAGAGAAUGCGCUACUUUGACCCUUUGAGGAACGAGUACUUUUUCGACAGGAACCGCCCAAGUUUUGACGCCAUUCUGUAUUAUUACCAGUCAGGCGGCAGGCUGCGGAGGCCUGUCAAUGUGACAUUGGAUAUUUUUUCUGAGGAGAUACGAUUUUAUGAGCUCGGGGAAGAAGCCAUUGAGAUGUUCAGAGAGGAUGAAGGAUUUAUUAAGGAAGAGGAGAAACUCCUGCCAGAAAAUGAGUUUCAGAGGCAGGUGUGGCUGCUCUUUGAGUACCCUGAAAGUUCAGGGCCUGCCCGGAUUAUUGCCAUCAUUUCCGUCAUGGUCAUCCUCAUAUCUAUAGUCAGUUUUUGCCUAGAGACACUUCCGGUUUUUCGCAAUGAGGACCUGGACCACAAAAUUCCCAUGGGCUCCAACUCAACAAUUACUUACACCUCCACCUACUUUACUGACCCCUUCUUCAUCCUGGAGACCCUUUGCAUCAUAUGGUUCUCCUUCGAGUUCCUAGUGCGUUUCUUUGCGUGUCCCAGCAAAGCAGGCUUCUUUGUCAAUAUAAUGAACAUCAUUGAUAUUGUGGCUAUAAUACCUUACUUUAUCACCUUGGGAACAGAGCUAGCAGAGAAGCCAGAGGAUGGCCAACAAGGGCAGCAAGCCAUGUCACUUGCCAUCUUGAGGGUCAUCAGAUUAGUACGAGUCUUCAGGAUCUUCAAACUGUCCCGGCACUCGAAAGGGCUGCAGAUUCUUGGGCAAACACUCAAGGCCAGCAUGAGGGAGCUAGGGUUGCUUAUCUUCUUUCUCUUCAUCGGAGUCAUCCUCUUUUCGAGUGCUGUCUACUUCGCUGAGGCGGACGAGCCUGACUCACAGUUUAUUAGCAUCCCCGAUGCCUUCUGGUGGGCCGUUGUCACAAUGACGACAGUAGGGUAUGGUGACAUGGUUCCAACUACUAUCGGAGGCAAAAUUGUGGGAUCCCUGUGCGCUAUCGCUGGUGUGCUGACCAUUGCCUUGCCCGUUCCUGUCAUAGUCUCAAACUUCAACUACUUCUACCAUCGAGAGACAGAAGGCGAGGAACAGGCCCAGUACCUUAACGUGACCAGCGUCCCCAAGAUAGACUCCUCGGAGGAUCUGAAAAAGAGCCGCAGCGGGUCAACCAUGAGCAAGUCUGACUACAUGGAAAUUCAAGAAGCUGUUAACAACAGCAACGAGGACUUUCGAGAGGAGAACAAGACUGGCAACUGCAACCUAACCAACACAAACUAUGUUAACAUCACCAAAAUGCUUACAGAUGUAUAACCGCUUUGAACAGCCUUGAAAGACAAGGUGGAAUAAAGUAGGGGAGUGCAAACCCCGGUUUUGAAGGCUUCAGACGCCUCGUGCAAGAGUUUCAAGACGGGAGAACUGAAAUGCGUCCAUUUGAGCGAAGGAUCAAUAUUGAAGACCUGUACAUCAUUCCAUCCCCAUUACCUGCCACAAGUUCUGGAAAACUUGAUUGUUGGGGGACGUUGUUUUGCAUCGUCGUGUUCAGUGUCUGCAUGGAGUUUGUCUUUCUGUGUGACUGUUCUAGUAGUCGUUCUGCUUGCAACAGUAGCCAAAUCGUAGCCUAAUCAAUAGAUACAUGCGUAGCAUAGAUGGACCAAUUCCUGACUCCCAUUCCCCAUUCACUGCCAACCUGAGGACCCCUUGAGUCUUGUGUGUAUUUAUACCUUGGGAGAACAACAAUUUUGUCACUCCAAUUGACUGAGUUAAUGUUUAUUCAUGAAGAAUCACCAUGGAGGAUGUAUUUCUCUGCAAAUGCACAAAUGCUGCCUGUCCUGCCAGCCACAACAGCAUACCAUGUGUGGUACCUAAAAAUAUAGCAUUCCAUCUUGUGACAGAGAUAUACUUGCAGGCACCAACCUUGGGGGCCUGGAAAGCCAGUUAAACUGCCCCCUUUCUCUAUCUCUAUGACCAUUUUUCCCUCUUUUGCUGCCAACUGAAAGUGGAGCGGAGAUUGUUUUGAAGUCGCCCAUUUCCCCAAUGUCGUAAUUCAACUAUACUGCAUGAGCAGCUGCCCUCCAUUGCAUCAUUUCCACCUGUCACUUACUUUUUCCAUCAUUGUAAACUUCCAAGCAUUCCAUGUGUAUGAGAAAUGUGUUUUGUGACGAACGUCUACCCCUACAAGCGCCUGACGAGGGGUUACAGGAGUGUAGAUAUUUUACUGUGACAUUGCAGCCAACAACAGCAAAACACUAGCUCACUAAGUCAGGUCACCAAAGAUGAAGUUCACUGCCGCUAUUUAUUGCAUUUUUAUGUUGUUUUUACAUUGUAGUGCCAUUUCAUGGUGCAUCCUGCUCAUAAUAUGAUGCUGGAGAAUUUGGAUAAAACUUGUGUGAAAAUGA